CAUCAUACAGAAUAAGAAGAGGAUUGAGAAUGGAAAUAGAAGAAUUGCAAUUAUUAUUGACAAAUAAAACUGGUUUACUGGAUCAGAAUGAAUCAUUAAUAGAUAUUAAGAGAGAAAUAGCUGAACUACAAGAACAGAUAUCAUUAAUGAGUGUACAUAUACUAAAUAAAAGAGAAGAGAAUGAAAAUUAUAGAAAUAUAUUAAAAAUGAAUAAGCCAACAGCAGAAUCUGUUUUUAUUGCUCGUUAUGACUAUCAUGCAAUGGACAGUGAUGAAAUAUCAUUCAGUGAGGGAGAGCAGCUGGAGAUAUAUGAGAAAAAGAAUAGUUUUUACUGGAAAGGAAAAUCCUUGGUGUCUGAUAAUGAGGGAGUCAUUCCUACACUCUCAGCUCUUUUUGAAGCUGCUCUUUGA